UGCUUUAAUUAAUUUCAUUCUAUCUAUUUCGUAAACGCGUUGCCUUGUAAACAUCUGAAAAAUAACAAUAUUCAAUCUUAUGAUUUAUGUAUAUAUUCAAGCUUAACACCAUUGCUUAGUAAUCAAUUGCUACUAUAGUUGUUACUACAUUUCUUCCUGGUGUUUGAGGUAAUUGUUGCUAUAAACAUAUCAACAUGAAGAUUGUCUCUCAAGAAUGGAAGCUUUCAUUGACAAUAUUAGUACUAGUGUUGUUGUCAUGCACACAAUUCUCAUCAGCUGUUUCUAGGAAGACUAGUAACAACAUCAAAACAAAUGUUUUUAUGUCUCCCAAGAUUGAACUAAGUCCAGGAUCUGUCUCAAACAAAUUAUAUUUUGAUCUUGAUUUUCCGAGAGGCCAUAUUUCUCUCAAGAGUUUCAAUGCUGAACUAGUUGAUGAUGCGGGAAAUUCUGUACCUCUCUCUCAAACCUAUCUACACCAUUGGAUUUUUCUAAGAUAUCACCAACCAAAAGUGGCACUUGCUAACCAAUCAGAUAUCACAUUUGUGAGAAAUAGUGGAUUUUGCCAAGAGAAUGUUUUUGGACAAUACUUUGGUCUUGGAUCUGAAACAAGAGGCACAAACACAUAUAUUCCAGAUCCUUAUGGGAUAGAAGUUGGUAAUCCUGCUGAAAUUCCAAAAGGGUAUGUGGAGAAAUGGAUGUUCAAUAUUCAUGCUAUUGAUACAAGGGGUGUGGAAGAUAAGUUGGGGUGCAUUGAGUGUAAGUGUGAGUUAUAUAAUGUUACAAAAGAUGAAGAUGGUGUAGCUUUGAGUCCAAGUUAUAAAGGAGGUUUGCAAUGUUGUCCUGAUAAUAGCACUUGCAAGAUGGUGAAAGGGUUUUUAGGUCCAAAGAGAAGUCUUUAUUUGAAAUACACAGUUAUGUGGAUGAAUUGGGAUAGCUUUGUUGUGCCUGCCAAGAUUUAUAUAAUUGAUGCAACUGAUACUUUGAAGAUAUUGGAUAAGUCUAAAGGAAAGAGUGUAGAGCAUGAUUGCAAGAUAGAAUAUGAAGUGGAGCCUUGCAGCAAAAGUAAUCUCAAUGGUAGUGAUUGUGUUGAUGUGAAGAAAUCAAGCUUCCCAAUGCAAAAUGGUGGUUAUUUUGUCUAUGGAGUUGGUCAUAUGCAUACUGGUUCAAUUGGAACAACUCUAUAUGGAAAGGAUGGGAAGGUUAUAUGUAGUUCAAUCCCAAUAUAUGGAAAUAGCAGUGAAGCAGGAAAUGAGAAAGGGUAUGUUGUAGGAAUGUCCACUUGUUACCCUCAGAUAGGCUCUAUCAAGAUACUAGAUGGUGAAACUUUGACUCUUGAGGCUAAAUACAACAACAGCUUAAGACACUCUGGUGUAAUGGGGCUUUUCUACUUCUUGGUGGCAGAAAAGCUACCACACCAUCAUGUUUAACGUUCCUAGCAUUUUAAAUAUGGUAAAUUUUGUGGUUUAGGGUAUCUGAUUGUACGUGCAUGUUAUGUUGAAAAAAUAAUCAAAAUGUGGUGUUGUAAUGGUAAUUAGUAUAUCUUAUACUUUUAUUUGAAGUGUGAUAUCUUAAACUC